AUGUCCGAGGCAAUCAAGAGUGAAAUGAUCACACCAAGUUGUACCGCUCCCCCCACAAUCUUCGCCAUCUAUCCUUGUCUGCGAGGUUCCAACUUGCUGCUUGAUGUCUUCUCCAGCAGACGAAGCCCACGAUCAUUUAUUGAGAAGUUGCUUAACUUGGACGAAGCAAAUCGUUAUCGCAUCGUCACUUGCGGGGAAGAGUUACAUCUAGCAUACAACCGAGUAGCCCUCACGGACUAUUUUCAGCACCGAUCUGUCGAGAAGCUCUAUCUGAACCAAUUCGAGUGGUAUGCCCGUCAAGAUCCGGAGCGGUUCCUUUUCCACACUUGUGAACAAGUCACAUCCUUGGACACUCUUGGACAAAAUGUCACCACAAGUGAAGGUCGCACGAUAAACUAUGACUACUGUGUGCUCGCUACUGGUUCCGAGAGCACUCUGCCUCCGUAUAUUCCACCAGAGAGGGCAGAAAGAACGCAGGGCAUUUUCGUUUAUCGCAAUAUUUCUGAUCUAGACAAAAUAUUGGCUUAUUCCAAUAAGGAUGGGGUCAGCGGCGGACGGGCCGUAGUUGUGGGAGGCGGAUUACUUGGAUUGGAAGCUGCGAAGGCUGUGUUUGACCUUGAAUCAAUUGCAAAGGUUGCCAUCGUUAAUCGACAGGCUUUCCCCCUAUCUCGUCAACUCGAUAAUGAAGGAGGCGAAAUUGUACUACGUCGUAUCGAAGCUAUGGGUGUCGAGGUUCUGACCAAGACCUCCGUCAAGGACAUCACCACCUCUCCCGAAGGCAUUUUCACAGGACUCAUCCUUUCAGACGAUACCCAUUUUGAAGCCCAGAUGGUGAUCUUCGCCAUCGGCAUUACUCCAAGAGACGAUUUAGCGAGAAAGUCAGGCUUGACGUGUCACGACAAGGGUGGUAUUAUCGUUGACGGUUCCUUAAAGACGAGUGCAGAUAAUGUGUAUGCUAUUGGCGAGUGUGCAAGCUGGAAAGGUAAUACUUAUGGCUUGAUUGCGCCUGGAAUUGAGAUGGCAGACAUUCUCUCUUUCAACUUCACCCAAGUCGAGACGGGCGUUGGUGGAUUCCGACCCAGGCAAAUGAAUAUGCCGGACCUUUCUACGAAGUUGAAAUUAAUGGGCGUAGACGUCGCAUCUUUCGGAGAUUAUUUCGCCGACAAGGGGAUCAACCAACAGGGCGGCAAGGCUAUUCCAGUGGAGGUGAAAGUGGACAUAGCUAGCCUUCCUAAAGUGGAGUCGAAUAAGCCAAGUGCGGAAAAAGCGGCACCAGUCUGGGAGAUCAAAAUUGAUGAAACUGCAAACCCCAGUGGAGCGACCUCCAAGGACGCUGCUGGCGCAGAUAAGAGCGACCGCGCCCAUAUACGAAAACGAGCAGCAUUAGGAGGACCGGUGGAAUGCUUGACAUAUCGCGACCCUUUUGCAUUUGUUUAUAAGAAAUACAUAUUUACUGCAGAUGGAAAAUACUUGCUUGGGGGCAUGAUGGUCGGGGAUACGUCGGACUAUGUGAAACUCAUGUCGUUGGUGAAGAAAAAGAAAGUCAUCGAAGUACCGCCUUCUGAGCUCAUCAUUGGCUCUGGAAAGAAAGGCGAAGACGAUGGCGCUGACCUAGAUGACGAUACUCAGAUCUGUAGUUGUCACAAUGUCACAAAAGCGGCGAUUGCAGAUUCUGUCAAGGCUGGCGUUAGCACACUCGGCGAUCUCAAAGCGAAAACUAAAGCAGGGUCAGGUUGCGGAGGAUGCAUGCCUCUUGUUACCAACAUAUUCAAGGCUGAAAUGAAGAAGGCAGGCCAUGCAGUUUCAAACAAUCUAUGCCCACAUUUUGCAAUGACGCGCCAAGAACUUUUUACUGUCAUCAAGAUUCGGAAAUUGAAAACUCUCACUGACGUUAUGGAAUCCGCUGGUGUCAAGAAAGGUUCCAUAGGCUGCGAGCUUUGUAAACCAGUCAUAGGUUCUAUCCUUUCAUCUUUGUAUAACGAGCAUAUCAUGGAGCCGGCUCACCAUGCCAAUCAAGACACAAAUGACAGAUUUCUCGCAAAUAUACAGCGAAACGGAACAUUCUCUGUCAUUCCUCGGAUUGCGGGAGGAGAGAUUACUCCAGAGAAGCUUAUCGCCCUUGGUCAAGUUGCACAGAAGUACAAGCUAUAUACCAAGAUAACCGGAGGGCAGCGUAUUGAUCUGUUCGGAGCCCAAAAGCAAGACUUGCCCUGCAUAUGGGAAGAGCUCAUCUCAGCAGGAUUCGAAAGUGGCCAUGCUUAUGGCAAAGCUCUGCGUACUGUCAAAUCGUGUGUUGGCACUACUUGGUGUCGUUACGGGAUCGGUGAUUCUGUUGGAAUGGCAAUCUAUCUUGAAGAGCGGUACAAAGGUAUACGAUCGCCUCAUAAGUUAAAGGGCGGUGUCAGUGGUUGUGUACGUGAAUGUGCGGAAGCCCAGUCCAAAGAUUUCGGGCUUAUUGCGACAGAUAAAGGUUGGAACAUCUUCUUGGCUGGCAACGGUGGCUCUAUCCCACGACAUGCCACCCUAUUUGCGACGGAUGUACCACCUUCGAAAGUAAUUCGUAUUUUGGAUCGCUUCCUCAUGUACUACAUCCGCACGGCUGACAAGCUCAUGCGAACCGCGCGUUGGGUGGAGCAGUUCGAAGGUGGAGUAGAAAGACUAAAGAAGAUCCUCUUGGAUGACGACCUUGGGAUCUGCUCAGAGCUCGAAAAAGAAAUGGAUGAUUUGGUCGGGUCGUUCUCAGAUGAAUGGGCUACUGUUGUCAAAGAUCCUGUCAAAAGGCGGCAAUUCCGCCAGUUUGCUAACACUGACGAACGACGUCCUUUAGUAGAGGAAAUCACAGAACGUGGGCAACCACGUCCUGCCGAUUGGCCAAAGCAAUUCCCUCCUGCUAAGAUUCACUCUUCAGCUAUCAGAGUUCCAAAAGCCGAGUGGAGGUGGCGCAGGCUGGCGUCUGUGAAUGACCUAAUGCCCUCGAACGCUGGGACAACAUCUGUCGCUGUGAAGUAUGGAGACAGUCAGCUAGCGAUCUUUCACAUCCCUCACAAAGGUUAUUAUGCGACGCAACAGAUGUGCCCUCAUAAACGAGCAUUUGUGCUUGAACACGGCAUCAUCGGCGACGAUGCUGAUGGCAAUCUGUAUAUUUCAUGCCCUCUUCAUAAACGAAACUUCCGAUUAAACGACGGUGAAUGUCUCAACGAUGAUGAAUAUUCAAUUAUCGCUUUUGACGUCAAGCAGGAAGGCGACGAGCUUUCGUUGCUGCUGCCCGAGGCUGAAGACCUGGAUGCGGUCAUCGGGACCAAUAAGUGGAUGGUGCGACAGGCAACAGCUGAAGCUGUCAACCGAGACCCCGAUGCCGUUCAGGCUGCGGAGGGUUGUGGAGGUAGCGGAGGGUCAUGCAGUGGUGGAAAUUCGUCUUUGGAAUGGUAGUCAGACUGGAAGCAAUUUCACGGAGGGGGAAAAGAAAGAUGAAGUAGCAAUUGAUGUAUUAUUAUUGUUCUUUAUCGUCUGAACAAAUUAGAAAAUUGCAGAGUUAUGUGUCAUAAUG